CCUAGUCCCUCGUGUUAGCGAGCCAAUCCAAGAUGGCGGGCUCCUUAUCGCCAGAAAGCCUGAAGUUCAUCGAAUCUGAGCUCGGCCGGGCCAAAAACGAAGUCACCGACACUAUAGAAGGCGCGGAAAUCAUAUCUUUUCACCCGGCGUGUGUACAAGUCCGCAUUACGAAAACAAAGUACAAAACCCUGACAGUCCAGCUUCAGUUCACAGAUGGGUACCCUAACACAGCGAUCCUCACAGAACUUAAGAGCAGUAUACUGCCGCCACGGUUACUGAGCAAGCUGACAGAGCUUUGUGAUUCAGAGAUGAAAAAACACGUAGGAAAACAACAGGUCUUGAUUAUCCUGCGGUUUGUUCGCAAGUUCCUGGACGAUAACCCAUUGAUCGUGUGUAGUGAUGAGCUCAGUUAUAUCAAGACAAAACUGGUGUCUGAUGAAGUAGACCAGUUGAAGGUCAAACAGAAGGCUGGAGUUCUUAGUUUGCAUAUACAGCGGCUCAGAUAUCAAAUGGACUUUAGGUUGUCAGUCCCAGAUAACUACCCAGCAGACUCUGUAAGGGUUGAGCUGAAAGACUCUAAUUUCCCGGUAUCUCUGGAGAGAGUGUUCAUUGGCCAAGCGACUGACAUGGCACGGCAGGCUGUGGAACCACCAGUACGACAAAAUCCCAAACACCCACCAUUUCAACCCAAGCCCUCACUGCGAUUAGUAUGUGACUUUCUGGUUAAGGACUGCAUACGACGGUACCCCACCGAACCAUGCUCUCUUUGUACCAAGCCAGCCCUCCCACCUGAACCUAAGGACUGUGUCUCAGAUCCAGAUGACGCUCUCUAUGUUGAGCGUGUGUACUGUGCACACGUGUUCCACUACGGCUGCCUUGAUAAGUACAUGAAGACACCACCUUUCACAGGUGGUAAGAAAUGUCCUGCUUGUGGCAAAGUUAUUUAUCACGACAGAUGGAAAGUCACACCCAAAUUAGCAGAACAGAGAUGGGCUCACAAGGAGGCCAAAAAUAGGGAACUCACUGAAGUCCAAGACUUUCUAAAUGACUGUAUAUGAAUUACAAAUUAAAUUUAAUAAAUAAAGGAGAAGUAUAUACACAGUAUAUACACAGUAUA